AUGCAGCCGCAGCAGUCUACCCUCCAAGUUCAGUGUCAGACCGACCAGAGACACACUCAAACAGACCAUCAAAGCACGGAGGUGGACCCCAAAGAGAAAUACCUGAAACGAAGGUGGACGGCACUCUGGUACACCGUCUCCCUGCUUGCCUUGUCUUUGGUGAUCUUAAUUGUUGGCUUGGUCGCCUCAACGCGCACGGAUAAUGUUCCUGUGACUGGAUUCUACCCAGGCAUCAUUUUAAGCUUUGGAUCCUUCCUCAGUCUGGUUGGGAUAUAUCUCUUGGAGAAUCGCAGGCCUGUGUUGAUAUCAGCCAUCAUUUUCAUUAGCCUGGGGAUAAAAGCCUGCUUCUUCUGUGCCAUUAUCGAUGGGGUCAUUGCAGCAGAGUUUCUUGAUAUGAGACCGAUCAUGGAAGGCAGGUGUAUGUUUUAUGCACGAGGAGUGGGGCAUUCAUUCUACUACAUGGACCCUGAUGUGAUGUGUCCCCAUCAAGAGCAGUGUGAACUCCGGGUGAAGAUCAACAGCUGCUUCUGCUGCGACUUGUUCAACUGUAAAGGCUCUGAGUACUUUUACGAGUUCAUUGGCGUGAGAAGAUGCUGGGACGUGGUGCACCUGCAUCGCCUGAUGUGGUCCUGUGUGGCACUCAACAUCGUGGGCAUCUUCUUAGGCAUCGUCACCGCGGCGAUCCUUGGAGCAUUCCGGGAGCUGGUGAGGGGGAUGAUAUCUCUGCCACCCAGCCCUGUUCUGCCUCCACACAUCCUGUAUAACCCCACGCCUGGACACAUGAUGCCCUACCAUGGCAUCUGCCCCCCUGGACCAGCACUGCCCGUCUACCCCAACUACCCCAUGCCCAUGCAGCAUCACCCAGGCUUAGGGAGCCCUAAUGCCAACAUCCCCCUGUCCAACUGCGAAGGUUCCUCAGCUCCUUUAGAGGAAAGUCAGCCCCCUUCCCAAGACCCGAGUUGCCCACCAGACACCACCACGACACCCCAAGAUGACCCCACCAACGCCACAGCCACAGCCACCCCUAACGCCCCCUCGCUCUACACGCAAGCGCAACCCUUCAGCAACCUCUUUGAAAAGCCUCCUCCCUAUGCCUAUUAA